AUGUUUUCUCCCGCUUCAAGCUGUCCUUGCUGUAAGUUCAUCGCACAAUUGCACUCGAUCAAACUGAAGUUCAAAAAUUACUUUCAUUACUGUGAACACAGAUUUUCUUCACUUUUCCUUUUUGUGUUUUCUUCCAUCCGCGACGCACACACACACACACGGAAACCACCGAUGCUACCCCGCGCAACAGAACUAAACUUUACCAAACCGGAAGUGAAAAAACAUUUGUGGCACAAAAUGCGAGUCAUUUUGCAGCAAAUAUACCGAUUUAGAGACCAAUAUGAGUAUUUCUACAAAGCGGACGAUGACACGUUUGCUGUGGUGGAGAAUUUGAAACGGGUUUUGCGGAAGCACAAUCCGGACCGACCGUUCAUGACCGGGCAUCGAUGGCAACUGAAAAUCCCCGGUGGAUAUUUCUCCGGUGGAGCUGGAUAUGUUUUAUCACGCGAGGCUCUGAAACGGAUUGUGGAAAAGGCGAUUUUCAAACAUCCACAGUGCCCCAACACCGACGAGGCGAUGGAAGAUGUUAAAAUGAGUAUCUGUGGCAAUGCGGUUGGUGUGGAACGCAUAGAUUCUCUGGACGAACGAGGCGAAUCGCUUUUCUGUCCGUUUGACAUGAAAUAUCCGUUUGAUCAUUAUAAACCGGAACCAGUUUCGACGAAUCCGAACUCUGACCGACAAAUUUCGUUUCACUACGUGACCCCUUUUAUGAUGUAUUUAAUAGAAUUUCUUGUCUAUUAUUUAAAGCCGGCUGGCAUGGAAAUAUAUGACGAUGAGAUUGCGAUGGAUAAUUGCGGUUCGAUAGGUUGCCUCCGGUCCACAUUUCGAUAG